ACCACCGUAACGGAGAGCCUUAAGGCAGAAUCUUGCGCAGACGUGGUGAAACCAUACCUAACUCCAAGCAACAGGAUACGGCGACAGUCCAUGCGCUUAACGGCAAGAGGUCGGUCCUACUUUUCUUUGAACUCGAUUACGUUCUAUGGUGUUAAGUUACGUAUUUGAAAAGACCGUGUUUCUAGUUCUUCCAAUAAAAUCGAUUACUUUCGCUCGACCAAUCAGUGAUUUUCGAAUAACAGCGAUUUUAAUAAUUUUUUGCAGACCAUGUGAUUUUUGUUAAAAGUGCUUCAGUAUAUGACUUGCAGUUCAACACAAAACUAUUAAAAAAACGAUAACAUUAUCUAUUAUAACAUUUUGAAAUCAUUUAAAAAAUGUGAAGUGUCUGUAAAGUUUUAUAGUUUAUUAAGUUUAAAAAUAUCGAUAGAAUGGCACUGCCUAUGAAUCCAGUAGUAUGGCCGGACACCGCGGGUUUGCACGAAACGCAAUUGAGUAAUUACAUCGAAAAAAAGAAAACGAGUUAUCCCUUCGAAGGACUGAAAUCAAACACUUCAUUCUUGUAUUCAACAACAGUAAUACGACGUUCAAUCGAGGAAUCGCGCGCGGCCUUUUUAAACCUCUCCUUAUCAUCUUGUGAAAUAGAAGAGCCGAUAAACGAUACUAUUAUUGAAGAUAAGCGACCGACCAAAGGAAGUGUAGAUUUUGAACAGGAUGAUAAACACGGGACAAAAAAGGUUUCGAAACGGAUAAGUUAUAAAAUAAAGAGAUCGUCUUCGGCGUAUAGAGCCAAAACUAAAGUACCAAUUAAAGGAUCGAACGUUGCCGAAUUGACUUCGAAAUUCGAUAAGAUGAUUGCAGAAAAAAAAUCGAUUUUAGAAGACCCGAAAUUUGCGAAAUUUGUUAAGAGAGUCAAUUCGGACUCGAAUAAACUAACUAAAAAACCGAGCGUAAAAAUCAGAAUGUCGCUUAAACCAGAAGAAAAACCGGUGUUUAAUGUUAAAAAGCCAACCGUUGUAGUUAGAAGAGUUAGUGUGAAAAAAUCUCAUUCAAAACCAAACGAAAAAUGUAACGAUGUUUAUGAUAGAAUUUCUCAACUAAAUUCAGCGUUGACGCAAGAGUGUAAAGAAAGGGAUGAAGUUGAUAGUACUUUUGAGGAAAAGGAUAUUAAAAGAGAAAGUACGGGAAACGUGAAAGCUGCGAUACAAAUAUUUGAGAAAUGUGGAGAUUCAAAAAAGGAGGGCGCGCCCGUUCCUCCAAACAUUUCAGCCAAACCCAAACCGAAAGUACCCGAAAAAAAGUUUACCCCAGAAAUGAUGGAUUUAAUAACAAAAAAUUGCACGAAAAAAUUUAAAGUAAAAACUAAUCUUGAGAUUAAUCCAAAAAAUACAAUCGAGAAAGAAAUUGUGCAAGAAACAGAGAAAAAGUCUGAAAACGUAGAAGUACCUGUCAUUAACAUUAACAUUCCAAUCGAAAAACCAAAACGGAGCGAAUCCGCUUACGAACUCCUCAAUCAAAAACAUUUCAAAGAAUCAACGAAAACAUUCCAUUCAGAACAAACUUUAAACCUAGAUAUCAGCGAAUACAAACCAAACUCAUCAUUUCUUUAUCGCUACGAUAAAUCUCCAACUCAACCGGAUACCGAAGAAGAUUUAUACGAUGUUGUGAAUCCACCUCCAGAUGGACCUCCAACAUUUAAAAUACCACCAAAUUCUUCAUCACCGCAAAACAGUCAAAAUAUUAAAACGAUCAAACCAAAGAUGCCAGAACCGGAUCAAAAUUGCGAAAAAAUGUACGAAGAACUAAAACAUACAUACAUUUAUCCAGUUCAACCUAAGUAUGAAGAUAUCGAACAAAAAGUUGAAGAUGAUGGUUACGAAGCCGUUAACCCCAUCGAUGUAGAAAAAAAUGAAAAUAUUUAUGAAGUUCUACCAUGUCAUCAUGAUCAAAAUCCACCACCACUUCCAAAAAGACAAGUUGAAAAUAACCCACCGGCACUUCCUGCGAAAAAUUCUUACUACACCAUCCAUAAUCUACCGGAAAUUAUUUCAAACGGAUAUGAAUCAAUUGGAAGUGCGAUUCGGAUAAGAAUUAAUGGCGACGAUAUCGAAAGCAAUUACGAAGUUUUGGGUCAAGGAUGGGGAUCGGGAUCUAAUAGGGAUUCUAUUGUAUCUUCGGAUCAACAAAGCAACAGUCUGUACGGUAGAUCUAUUCCCAGUUGGACUGAAGACGUUUUAAAUUAUAAAACGACCAGUGUUAGUUCAAGUGAUAGAAGUGAUGAAUGGGAAGAUUUACCGGACGAUGAUGAAAAGGAAGAAUUGGGAUUUAGUCAAUAUAAACCUAAAGUUCGUGAAAAACAAAAAAUCAGCAAAAAAACUUCUGAAUGGUCUCAGCAGCUAAGGGAGCAAUGGUCGAAAAGUCAUUCUACAGAUACAGACGAUGCAGAUUCCUACCAUCAUUACGAAAGUGUUCGAGCAAAUGGAGAGCAUCAGGAAUCUCAUUAUGAAUCGGACUCAUUUGAUAGUGACUCUGAUUAUUACGAAAAUAAACCUAACAUGCGUGAUAGUGGAGUGGAUAUGGAAAAUACCCAAUUACCAGAUCCACCGAAUAAUCAGACAUACGUUUUUACAAGAUUAGCAUCAGCUGGGAAACGUAUGAAACGAUUACUUACCAAGAAUGAUAUAACAAAAUCACUUAGUAGAAUGACGAAAAGAAAAUCUCGAACUGAUUUAGUUAAUUUAGAUAAAUCGACGAAAGAAGAACAAUCAAGUCCUAGCGCUUCAGAAAAUAGAAAUAAAUCUGGAAGUUCAAUCAAGUCUGACAAUGAAUCAUCAUCUCCGUAUCAAAGCAUUCCGCAAGAAAAUUCCUCCUACCAAAAUAUCAAAUAUAAUCGAACAAACACCGAAGCUACUGAAGUCAUUUAUGAAAAACAAGCUAAAAAGAGAUUUUUUACAAAAUUCCGAAGAAGUAUGUCAUUGUCAGCUGAAUCAGCAAGUGAACUUACUCAAGAACUAAAUAAACCAAAAAGUACUUUUUAUUUGACUGACACAAUAGAUGUCGAUAAUGAACAAGAAAAAGUUUGCGAUAAAAGCAAAGCAAGCGUAUCACCUUCGGUUCCAGUUAAAAAUAAAACUCCUAAAUCUAGUCCAAUACGGCCGAUGGUACCUCCGCCACCACUUCCCACCAUACAAAAUCAACCAGUUCAAGUUGAACUUCGAAAUCCAAUUGAACACGACCCAAAAAGAACAACAUCAUGGUACGCGGAAUGCGGGUUAUUCAAAAACAACGAUUUACCAUUACCCAAUUUACCCAGGAGACCAAACACGUGUUGGUACGCGGAGGUUGGACUCUAUCAAUCAGGACCAACAAGUACUCCAAGUACAAGUUCGACUGAAAAUAGUGGAAAUAAUAGUAAUAAUAGAAACGAUAUCUUUUUGAAUAUGACUGAAGAAUAUUAUAAUUUAAAAAAUGAUAAUCAUACUUAUUACCAAGAUAGCCCCAGCAGUAUUAAUAGUAAUGAUUCUAAAACCGAAAAAAACGAAGUUAUCAUUUCAGGAGAAAUGCAACAAUUGUUACAAGAUGAACCGUUGUAUCAAUUAUAUGAUGCUGCGUUAUCAGAAUCGUAUUGUAAAGGAGAAACUCUUGAUCUUGAUUAUGAAGAAGUCAGUAAUGACAGUAGUAGUGAAACGCAAGUUCGACCAAGCGCAAUGGAAUUAAUUCUGAAGAAUGGAAACAGCGUUUCUAUUACGAGAACUUUAUGGUGUGAAAUUCCUGAAGUUAAGCAAUCCGCCGUACUUAGUACUUUAAGUUUACCGCAAAAGAAACUACAAGAAGCGAAAUUCGAAAUGAUGACGUCAGAAGCUUCAUACUUAAAUUCAUUGAAUGUGUUAAAUAAUCAUUUUAUUAAGAAUCUCUAUAACACCGAAUGUUUAUCAAAUGAGGAAAAAGAAGUUUUAUUUGGAAAAAUUCCUCCAGUGAAAAAUUGCUCAGAAAAAUUACUACAAGAUUUAGAAAAAUGUUGGCAAGACUCAAUUCUCUUACACCAAAUCUGCGAUGUAAUCAAAAAGCACGCUGAAGAAAAUUUUAACGUCUACGUUCAAUAUUGUGAAAAUCAAGUAUAUUUAGAUAGUACAUUAAAAAGAAUUAAGGAUAGAACAAUUUUUAAUGAAACUUUAGAACGUUUAGAAAAAAGCACUGCCUGUCAAGCUUUAACUUUAUACUCGUUUUUAAUGUUACCAAUGCAAAGGAUAACCAGAUGGCCGUUACUUUUGGAUGCAGUACUUAAAAGAUUAUGCGUUACUGAUCGGGAAUAUAUAACGUGUCAGGAAGCUUUGGCAACGAUUAAUAAAAUCGUUAAACAAUGUAACGAAGCAGCUAGAAAUAAAGAACGCGAAACUGAAAUACUAGCUUUAAAGAGUCGAAUUGAUUUCGGCAGAUUCCAACCGAUUGAUAUCGCAUCGCAUUCGCGUUAUUUAGUUAAAUCCGGUCCAGUUACUCAUCUCGUUACAAGAGGUGAAGAUGUAAAACUUACAUUUGGAAGACGAUUUUCUAAAGUUCCUUUAUUCUUAUUCCUUUUCAACGACCUCUUUAUGAUUGCUAAAUACAAAAGCGUUGACGAUUCUUACGUGGUUGUUCAUCAUUGCCCCAGGAAUUUUAUCGAAAUCAACGUGGAUGUUGCUCCAAAUUUAUCGUCUAAAGAUGCACAGGGAAGACAUUUAUUCUUUUUAACUAUAUUGGAAAAUCAAGAAGAAAAAUUGAUCGAAAUGUUACUUUCUUGCAAUACAGACACGGAUAGAGAAAGAUGGUUAAAUGUACUUAUGCCAAUCAAUUCGCAAGAUCCUGAUGAGACACUUUAUGAAAGAUGGGAUUGUCCACAAGUUACUGCCGUUCAUGAUUAUGUCGCAAAUCAAGCUGAUGAAUUAACUUUAAUUAGAGGAGAUGUCAUUUAUGUUAACAGAAAAAUGGCUGAUGGAUGGUAUUAUGGGGAAAAAAUUAGUGGAGGAGAAUGUGGUUGGUUUCCAUCAAAUUAUAUCCAAGAAAUAGCAAAUCCGCACGUUAGAGCCAGAAAUUUAAGGCAACGGUAUCGAUUAUUGGCAUUUUCUGAACAUUAUUUAAAAACGAAGAGCUAAAUUCAUUCAUUGGUUAAUUAAUAAUGUGUUUAUACAGAUUUUGUUAUUGUUAUGUAUUUAUACAUAUGCAUGUAUUUUUUAAUGUACAUUCAUAAUAUAAUUGUUUUAUUUAUACUUUGGAAGGAAGAAGUGUAGAAGAAAAUUACUACAGACAGUAAAAGGUAGUGAAAGAAAGAUGUAUAUUUGAAUGAUUGUGGCCAAAAGCAAAAAGGGAUGGUCACUUAUUUUGUAUUUUAUGAAUAUGUAUUUUAUUAAAAUAUAUUGGAAAUGUAUUGCUUAA